AAUCAACAACAACAACAACAACAACAACAACAACAGCAGCAGUACCUUCAGGAGAUGGCAUGGUUCCUUUCCAGACAAUGAAUCCUUAUCUGUAUGGGCACUAUGAUCCGUAUCCAUUCUAUUAUCAGCAAGAACAAGAACAACAACAAGUGUUACCCAUAGCCUAUUACGAUGUUCAUCCUAGAAAAAGUAAAUCAACAGGCAGAGAAACACUUGAACGGAAUGGUGUGAGUACCAGCAGCAACAGCAGACCAGGUUCUCGAGCAUCUUCUCUACCUACGAAUACCGCUACUGCCAAUACGAAACAACGACAACAACAAGAGCCUUUGAACAUAGCAUCAGCCAUCACCGAUCAUUAUGGCGACCAAGACGAUAUGAACUUUUAUGACAGUGGAUUUUAUGCUGACAGUCAUGGGAGUGGCAGCAUCAAAAUGCAAAGACCACGUCAACAAGCAAGUUAUGGAAACCGGUAUCAUCGCUAUCCUCAACAGCAACAGCAUCCAUCGAUGGCGUAUCCGUCGCCCAUGAUGGAAUAUUAUACCCAUCAGCCAUCAUUUCAUUAUACUGCUAGAUUACAAUAUCCUUAUGAAUAUUAGACUUGGCUUUCGGUGACGAACGUUUUGGGAAAAAAAGAAGAAAAGAAAAAGCUCAAAUCAAGGGGUGGUUUUCUUUUUUUGGCUGGAAAUAGCCGAGAUAGAGAGAUGACUAUCUUAAUAAUGCAUUAUGCUAAUGAGCCUAUCUAAUGACUGAUCUUACAUUGUUGAUAAUAAAACGUCAACUUUGAAAUAUUCCUCC